CAAUCAUGUCAAAACUUUGGAUUCACAAUACCAUGAUCAAUCCCCCAUGCCGUGUACUUCAGUCAUCUCAAAGCAACUUCUCUUGGACAUCAUCCCGUCCACCCCAAACCCACAGGUCUCGUGUCCUCCGAAAGGGAGUUCACAACUGCUUCCGUCACAAUGGUUAAAAGCAAUGAGGAUGUCAUUAAAGAUUUCAACAACACGGUCAACAUGACGGCUGAAGAGCUUGAGGAAUGGCUGAAGGGAGAUGAUUCCCAGAAGUCAGGCUGGUCCAAGGAUGAUGGCUCGGGGGAAAGUAUCGGUCAUGAAAGCGGGAGGAAGAUUGUCGAGAUCUUGAGAAAGAACCCAAAGAAGGACCCAUCCAAAUAUGACGAGGACGAUCUGCAGCACAUGCGGAGAGUGGCUGCGUAUAACAAGCGUCAUCUGGCUCAGGAGGAGAAGGCCAAGCAAGACACCAACAGCAACAGCUACCGGUCGCUGAAGAACUGGGGUCAUGAUGCCCAGAAGAGUUGAGGCAGCUGUCCCAUGUAGUCCUGUUGGUCAGGCAUCUUUGACCUGCCAUGUACGAGAGAUUUUGUCGAGGAAUAGAACACCUCAAACCAUGUUCGGA